AUGGGGACGGUGAAUGUGACAAAGACAGGGAAACGAUGCCUAACUUGGAAUUCCGCUGAGGUGAAACCGUACAUAGAAAAAGAUGGCCAGAUGUCCAAUUUCUUUGGUGGUAUACCCACCGAAAUGAACUUCUGUCGGAACCCGGAUUUCCACAAGAUGCCCGGGUGCUUCGUCAAUGAUAGUGAUGUGUUGUUGUGGGAGGAUUGUCGGAUUCCCCUUUGUGACGAUCAAAUUGGAGUUGAGGCAUUGCAGAUAUAUCCGGAAUGCCGAAUGACGACAAUGGGGAAGGAGUACAGAGGUACCCAGAGCAUAACACAAGAUGGGUAUGAAUGCUUUGCCUGGAAAGAGAUUCCACACCAUUUAAAUAUUCGUGAUAUUCUCAAGGAGCACUUGCCGGGCGACGAAACCGAGAGUGUCUUGAAUAGAGAGUACAUCUACGAAUUCAUUUCAAAGCAGGACCUCAAUUAUUGCCGGAAUCCAACGUCGGCCGAGCAGCCAUGGUGCUUCGUUAACAUCGGCUACGAUUGGGAAUUCUGCAACAUCCCAUUCUGCCCAGGCCACAAAGAACCCGUGGAAUGCAGAUUGACUGAAGAGGGAUGGGAGUAUGCAGGGUUCAAGAACGUGGAUGCAGCUGGCAGGAAGUGUCAGCCCUGGUUGACGUCCAACGCCACGCGAUUUCAACUCCUGAACUUCCUCGCAUUCGCUGACGAAAGCAUAGACUAUAGCUUCAACUACUGUCGCAAUCCUGACCCUAACGAUGAAAAUCUCUGGUGCUUCACAGAAGAUGAAGAAACUUUGAAUGGACGGAGUCAGUGCAAUGUCCCAUUCUGCUAUGAAGUGUAUGAGCGUUCCGCUCUAGAAGGUAAACCGGCGCAAGGAUACCCGGAAUGUUUGCAGACCAAGAUGGGGAAGGAAUACGUGGGGACGACUAGGGAGACGAUGACUGGACUGCCCUGCCUCCGAUGGGACUCUCAGCCCUAUGGAAAGCUUGAGGAUUUCGAUCCGAAAUUAUCCUACGAUAAUCAUUUCCGAUUUGGCAAUGCCGCAUCGCAUCAAGAUUUCUGCAGGAACCCGACAUUGAAGAAUCAACCCUGGUGCUUCGUCGCCGAUCCAGACAUGAAAUGGGAUUUCUGCGAUAUCCCCCUCUGCCCCAACUACCCCAAAAAGACGGAAUGCAAAUGGACGCACAAGGGAGAGGAAUAUGCAGGGACUCUCGACGUGACGAUGUCCGGACGUACAUGUCUGCCUUGGAACGACUCCGGAUUACUGGAACAAUUUUGGCCGAGGUUCCCAGAAGACGUGAGGAGUGAGAAUCACAACUUCUGUCGCAAUCCAACAGGGAGAAAGGACCUGGCCUAUUGUUUUGUUGGUUUUAACGAAACCGAAAAGACCUUCGAAGCCUGUAACAUUCCUUUCUGUCCCUUCCACUUCCUCCCCUAA